AUGAGCAGCAGCGUUGAUGCUGCUGCUGCGAGCAGCAGCAGCAGCAGCAGCAAAACAGAAGAAGAGAUGAGCAGUGCCGCGAUCGCGAGUUCUUCGCCCGCCGGGUCCCCAAAUAGCAGCAGCAGCAGCAGCAGCAACGGCGACAGCAGCAACAGCAGCAGCAGCAACGGCGGGGACACCAACAGCAGCGACUGCAGCAACACCAGCAGCAGCAACAGCAGCAGCAGCAACAGCGGGGACGCCAACAGCAGCGACUGCAGCAACACCAGCAGCAGCGACUGCAGCAACGCCAACACAAGCAGCAGCAACGGCAGCAGCAGCAGCAGCGCCAGCAGCAGCAGCAGCGAUGGCAGUACCAGCAGCAGCAGCAGCAGCAGCAGCAGCAGCAGCAGCAGCAGCAAAGACGUGAAGUCCUGGGAGCUAAGUGAGCAGCUGCAGGCCCUGGGCCCCGAAGCAUAUCUGCUGGAUGCUUCCUAUACACCGCAGCGGCAAACUAACUUCGCCAAGAAUGUUAAGCAGUCGCUCGCUUCGCGUUCUCAAGCAAGGGCAGCUGCUCCAGCAGCAGCAGCAGCAGCAGCAGCAACAGCAGCAACAGCAGCAACAGCAGCAACAGCAGCAGCAGAAGAAACAGCGGACGCAUGGCUCUCUGUGUCCGACUUUUCUGCCCCAAAAGUGCAGCGCGAAGAGAAGCGGCAGAAGCGAGGCUUUGCUGCUGCUGCUGCUGCUGCUGCUAGUGCUGCUGCGUCCGCCUCUGUUCCCCCAUGGAAGCAGCAGCAGCAGCAGCAGCAACAGCAGCCGCAGCAGCAGCAGCAGCAGCAGCAGCAGCAGCAGCCGCAGCAGCAGCAGCAGCAGCAGAGUCCGCCGCGGUGCUUCUACACGGCGCUGCACCUGGAGCUGUACGAGCUGCUGCAGCUGCUGCAGCCGAGCGCCGUGGAGCAGCAGCAGCGGCUGCGAGCAGCAGCACGGCUGCAGCUAGCAGCAGCAGCAGCACUUCCUGGCAGCAGCUGCUGCUUCUUCGGCUCCCAAGCCACAGGCCUGGCGCUUCCCGGGGCGGACCUCGACGCUGCUCUUUCGCUUCCCCGCUGCUACUUCGACUUCCCCAGCAGCAGCAGCAGCAGCAGCAGCAGCAGCAGCAGCAGCAGCGAGAGCAGCAGCAGCAGCAGCAGCGGCGGCGGGAAGGAGAGCAGCGCGAGCAGCAGCAGCCCGGGCAGCGGCAAAGCCAGCAGCCCUGGCGGGGGCGGCGGAAGCAGCAGCAGCAGCGCGGACACCAGCAGCAGCAGCAGCAGCAGCAGCAGCAGCAGCAGCAGCAGCAGCAGCAGCGUGAGCCGGGAGCAGACGGUGGCGAGCCUGGAGCUGCUGGGCGCUGCGCUGCAGCAGCUGGGGGUUUGCCAAACCCUCAAAGUGGUGGAUGGGGCUCGAGUCCCCAUUUUGAAGUAUGUGGAUGCAGCAACAGGAGUUGCUGCUGACGUGUCUUUGCUGCAGCAGUCCUCAGCAAGCACCACGCGCCUCAUCCGCAAAGCUGUGCCUGCGGCGAUACCCUGUGCUGAAGCCUCUUCUGCUCUGCAUCAAGCUUCUACUUAA